AUGGGCGCGACAGUGAUGAAGUACCCCGGCGACUGGGCCGCCUUGAUUGACCCGCUGCGGGCGCGCGUUGGGGCCAUGGCGGAUAUCCUCUUCGGUAUAGGCAUCAACUUCACGGGCCUCAGGAACUCGGCCACCGCGACCCGCAUGAUGCCCAUCGCCGGAUUCCUCAUGGGACUGUUCGGCCGCGCGCCGCCGCCGGACAGCGCCGGCGACCCGGCGGGCGUGAAGGAUCUCAUAGAGAACAGGAUCUCGUUCAUCGGGAUCUCCGCCUACGCGCCGCUGACGGGGCCGGGGUUUGCGCCGAAGGAGCUGGAGAACUCGGCGUUCAACAUCAAGGACGACCUGGCAGCGAUGAACAUCGACCUGACCGGCCUCAUGAACAGCGGCUCCAUCGAGCUGCACUACAGCGAAUUUGGCGUUGGCGGCGGCUCCCGCGACACAGGCAAGCCGUCCAGGGAUCCCUCUGAGAUUGCCACCUUCCCUUUCGCCGGCGUCGAGGGCUCCUACACUGUGGCCAACGACCCCUGGUCGUUCCCACCCAAUAAGAAUUUUGUGCGCGAAUUCUACGCCAAGGUUUCGCAGUGGCUGUCCGCAACAGAGAACAAGACGCACAAGCUGUCCAAGCUGUUCAUCUGGUCUCAUGCAUCAUUCGACAUCCUCGGGGUGUACCCGCAAUCUCUGACUAAGGAGGGCACUUACUACGACCCCGUCAUAGCGGGGAUCAUUCAGAAACACAACGCGCUCGUCCGCCCCAACAACACCUGGGCAUCGGUGAAGGACCUCCCCCCCGCGCCGCCGCCGACGCUGGACGCCCCGCCGCCAAACAUUGCCAGCGCGGCCGCCGCCCAGGCGGCUGCGGCGGCGCAGGCGGCGGCGGUGGCGUCGCUGCCCGCGGAGAACGGCUUCAGCGUCUUGAUGGCGACGAGCUUCCCUGCAGCCCUGGCGGCGCCGGUGGCGCCCGCGGUGCAGGCAGCGCCGGCUGCCCCCGCCGCGCCUCCGCCGAACGUGGCCGCGGCGCAGCAGGCGGCGCUGCUCGCGGCGCAGCGGCAGAACGUGGCGCUGCUCUCCUCAGACGCGCGGCUGCUCGUGCCCGCGAAUGCGCGCGUGGCGUCGCCGCCCGCGAAGGCCGCGCAGCCCAAGCCGCGCUCGCCCUCGCCCUCACCCUCGCCCAAGGCGUCGCCCAAGGCGUCGCCCAAGGCGUCGCCCAAGGCGUCGCCCAAGCCGGCGGCGCCGAAACAGCCGGCCCCAAAAGCCACACCGCCACGCACGGGGGGCACAUGGGGCGUACUAGCGGACUUGCGACGUGCAGCGGCAGGCGUGUGGUCGCCCUAG